AUGAGAGCUUUGAUCGGGUAUGGAAAACGCCCGGACUGGACAUGGUCAGUUGAUGGGGUCGCUUUCUUCAAAGGGCUUGUCAACACUUGUGGUACUCUCCAAGGCACUUCAAAGCGACCCGCUCCUCUAUCCCCCGUUGGUAUGUGCGCAGCUAUCGAUGCUGACACAGAGCCUGCCUCUCCAGUUCUCUCCACCUCUUCCUUCAUGUCUUCCAUCUCCUGGGUUGCUGAGAAGUCUGCGGCUGAUCUUGUAGCGUUGUUAAAGAAUGCCUACAGUGCUAUGAAAGAGAAAGAAAAAGAUCUUCUUUUAGCAGCAGAAAUCGGAAAAUCAUUAUUGGAAAACAACAUGGCUCUCAAAUCCAAAUAUGAGCAUUUGCUUGAACAGGCACAGGCUUACCAUGCUGAAAACGAAGCAGAGAUGCUCGAGCAAAUUUCGAUGGCAUCACGAUUCGACGACGACAACGACGACGACGACAUGCGUUUUAUUACCACCCAAAAUGCUCGCAAGACUCUCAUCGAGACCCUUGAACGCAAAAAUAAAGAAAUGGAACAAAUGCUCGAACGAGCUCUUCACAAGUCAAAUGAGAUGGAUGAAGCCAACGAAGCCAAAUCAGAAGAACUCGAACAAGAAAUUGAACGACUACGAGAGAGUCUUGACCAGGCAGCCGUCAAGGUCCAAGAGCUCGAAUCAGCCACACGUCAUGCCAAGUUGAACGGAGAACAGCGCAUGACAGAGCGAGCAACGUCAGAAGGUGUGCGACAUUAUGACCAGGACGAUAGUGUGAUUGCUGUCGAACUGGCCGAGAAGUUGGCCCGCCUUGAGACUGAAAAUGCCGCCAUCUCUUUUGCAAAGAAUGCGAUAAAGCAGCGUCUAACGAGUGCUCUGCAUGAUCUAAAUCAUCUGCGCCAGCAAUUUGACUCAUUUGAAUUUACUCAACAGGGCUACCAAGAUCUCCAGGAAGGAUACCAGCGCCAGUUUACACAUAUUGCAGAGCUCAAUGAGAGUCUCGAAGAUCACCGACAUGUUCUGUCCAAGCUGCGGGACCGUGGCCAAUGGUCAGGCAAACACACACCGACCCCGAGUGAGCACCCCGGCGGUAGUCUUGUAAAGGCAAGCCUUCUCGAACGAAAUACUUCUCUACUCGGAGAACUCCAAUCAACAUGGUCCAAAGGUAUGGGAGACCUUCCGAUUCUCACCGACCCCGAUCUCCCUUCACCUCCUUCAUCUUCUUGCUCUCUUGCAAAUCUUCAAAGCUUUGCCACCCUGGCCGAGCGAAACCUCACAUCUUUCUACAACGCACCCGCAGCUUAUACUCUUGAGACCGCACUCUCAAGUGUGGGUAUCAAUGACCGAGGGGCGAUUGACGAAGCUAUGCGAUUCCUCGAAUAUGAUAGUCAAGAUGGUCUUUCAGACCAAGAAGACAAUAUGCUAGUACCAUACGAUGGUUCUCCCACAACCGGACUCUAUCCUGAUCUUCCCAAUGCUGAAAAUCUGUGCCGUGACCUGGCCAUUCCCCAAGAAUCUCUUGGUGUUUCUGGCAGGAUAGCACAUCUUGUUCGGUGUCUUUUCAAAGCAGUCUUACGCUGGUGCCGGUUCUCGAUCAUCCUGACUACAGCAGUGAUGAUCAACCUGUGGCAGGGUCCAGAAGGGUUCUUGGAAAUAUAA